AUGAAUCCAGCUCAAGCCAAUAAAAUUGAUAUUAGUAAAUUAAGCGAAGAAGAAAGGAAGCUAUUUCGCAUGUAUGGCAAACUUCCUGAUCGUAAAGAUCUCUUGGGUCAUAAAUUAAGAGAACGCAAAUACUUUGAUUCUGGUGAUUAUGAACUGACUAAAGCUGGUAAAGAGUCCAUCACAACAAUAGGCUCUGAACACCCUUCUCCUGAUACCAUUCCUCACUCCAACCCUUCAUCUCAACCUGGCGCAAGUCCCGCAAAAGAAAGUCCUUUAGCUGAAACAGGCACUGACGAAAAAACAAAAGAGGAAUAA